CUCGGCUCCGGUGCGGGGCGGGCGCGCUGCGGCGGUCGCUGCUGCUGCUUCCUCGGGCCAUUUUGCUCCGCGCGAAGAGACGAGAGGUGGAGAGCUAGGGCUAGAGGAGGCGCGGGCCAGAGGAAACGGCGGGCGGCGUGCUUUCCGCAGUCGCAGCGUCCGGAGGGACUCAGGGAUCACCGGCGAAGGAGGUCGGGGGCCCCUUCCCGGUCCCUGCACCAUGAGCUGGGGCACCGAGCUCUGGGAUCAGUUUGACAACUUAGAAAAACAUACACAGUGGGGCAUCGAUAUUCUUGAAAAGUACAUCAAGUUUGUCAAGGAGAGGGCUGAGAUUGAGCUCAGCUAUGCCAAGCAGCUCAGGAAUCUUUCAAAGAAAUACCAACCCAAGAAGAACUCAAAGGAAGAAGAAGAAUACAAGUACACGGCAUGUAAAGCGUUUCUUUCCACCCUGAAUGAGAUGAAUGACUACGCCGGGCAGCAUGAGGUCAUCUCUGAGAACAUGAUAUCACAGAUCACGAUGGACCUGGUGCGCUAUGUACAGGAGCUCAAACAGGAAAGGAAAUCGAACUUCCAUGAUGGACGGAAGGCCCAGCAGCACAUCGAGACAUGCUGGAAGCAGCUAGAGUCGAGUAAGAGGCGGUUUGAGCGCGACUGCAAGGAGGCCGACCGUGCACAACAGUACUUUGAGAAGAUGGACGCUGACAUCAAUGUGACCAAGGCCGACGUGGAAAAGGCACGGCAGCAAGCUCAAUUGCGUCACCAAAUGGCAGAGGACAGCAAAGCAGAUUACUCUUCCAUCCUGCAGAGAUUCAACCAAGAGCAAUGGGAAUACUACCAUACCCACAUCCCCAACAUCUUCCAGAAAAUACAAGAGAUGGAGGAACGGCGGAUCGUUCGCAUCGGAGAGUCCAUGAAGACAUAUGCAGAGGUGGAUCGGCAGGUGAUACCCAUCAUCGGGAAAUGCCUGGACGGUAUAGUGAAGGCAGCGGAGUCUAUCGACCAGAAAAAUGACUCCCAGCUGGUCGUAGAAGCCUACAAGUCAGGGUUCGAGCCUCCCGGAGACAUUGAAUUCGAAGACUACACACAGCCGAUGAAACGCACGGUGUCAGAAAACAGCCUUUCCAGCUCCAAAGACAGCAAGUCAGAGCUCAAGUUUGGUGGCAAGUCCAGAGGCAAGCUGUGGCCAUUCAUCAAGAAAAACAAGCUUAUGUCCCUUUUAACAUCCCCCCAUCAGCCUCCCCCUCCUCCCCCUGCCUCUGCCUCACCCUCUGCUGUUCCCAACGGCCCCCAGUCUCCCAAGCAGCAAAAGGAACCCCUCUCCCACCGCUUCAACGAGUUCAUGACCUCCAAACCCAAAAUCCACUGCUUCCGGAGCCUAAAGCGUGGGGGUGCGACACCAGAAGACUUCAGCAAUCUCCCCCCUGAGCAGAGAAGGAAAAAGCUGCAACAGAAAGUUGAUGAUCUCAAUAAAGAGAUCCAAAAGGAGACGGAUCAAAGGGAUGCCAUCACUAAAAUGAAAGAUGUGUACCUGAAGAACCCUCAGAUGGGAGACCCAGCCAGCUUGGACCACAAACUCGCUGAAGCCACCCAGAACAUAGAGAAACUGCGGCUAGAGACACAGAAGUUUGAGGCCUGGCUGGCUGAGGUGGAAGGCAGACUCCCAGCACGGAGUGAUCAGGCUCGCCGGCAGAGUGGAAUGUAUGACGGUCAGACACACCAGACAGUCACUAACUGCGCCCAGGACCGGGAGAGCAGCCCGGAUGGUAGUUACACAGAAGAGCAAAGCCAGGAGAGCGAGCUCAAGGUGCUGGCCACAGAUUUCGAUGAUGAAUUUGAUGAUGAGGAGCCACUUCCUGCCAUCGGGACUUGCAAGGCCCUCUACACAUUUGAAGGUCAGAAUGAAGGCACCAUAUCUGUGGUAGAAGGAGAAGUGCUGAGCGUCAUCGAGGAGGACAAGGGCGAUGGGUGGACUCGUAUUCGCAGAAAUGAAGAUGAGGAGGGCUAUGUCCCUACCUCCUACGUCGAAGUCUAUUUAGACAAAAACGCCAAAGGUGCUAAGACUUAUAUUUAACCCACUUAAAACAAAACAAAAACCUUUAAAGGCAUUGGAGUUGUCUCUCCCACCACUUUGGCUGUUAUAGGCCUUCAAGAGGCCAGCAGAGGAGAGCAAGUGAUGCAGACACUUGGGAAACUGGGGGCAUCUCAUGCCUGAGUUUGCUUGUCCGACUUGACUAUGUGCAGAGCUGCCACCGGCCUGCUUACAACUGUGUCGUUUGAAAUCUGAUCAGUGUUUCUAUUCCAAAUAUGUAGGUUUUUUUAAGAUGUAUGGUGGUGGAUCAUGCCCGUAAUCCUAGCACUCAGGAGGCUGAGUCAGGAGCAAUCCCACCCAGUUUCAGGCUAGCCUGGGCUACAGAGUAAGACUCAGUAAAAAAUAAGAGUUACAUUUGUUACUUCAUCUCCCAGCACUUGAGUAAAGACUGUAACAUUUUCUUGGUGCCCACCCUGCUGAGGUCACUCAUGUUACCCUUUUAUUGUCUGAGUGUCCCAAAGAACCAACAGGUGUCCAGAAAAGUGUACUUCUUGCGCAGUUUGACUUGACAUUACAGUUUUCUGGCAGCACCUGAUGGGCCUAGGCUGAUGGUGGGGUGUCUUCAAGCUGUUGAGGCGGGUUUGUGCAGCAGCCACAUGCCCAACAUCCCCAGUUCUAUUUCUGUCAGAAGGUUUGCUGUAGGCAGUGGCCCCUGCUUGUCCCUUUUUAAGGAAAAGACUUUUCUUUCUUUCUUUUUAAUCUCUGGCACCUACAAGAGCCAAAGUUUGAAUUUACUAGACAUCAUUUUUAGGGUUCUUAGUACAUUUGAUCUGGCUGACUACAGCCAGAAUAAAAUAAAUGGUCUCCAUGUUUUAAAGGAAUGUGGGCCAUGUGGGAAUUUGCAUUUUUAAGUCAUUGCUGAUAUUGGAGGGGAGAGAGUGACACUGGUCAGAUGCAAAGUCGGUUCAGAACUGAAUUGUGUUCAUCAUGACCUCAGGGUCACCAAGAAGCCCCAUCUGUCCACAUCUGAUCCUUUUGUUUUUGUUUGAGACAGGGUUUCUCUGUGUAGCACAGGCUGUCCUGGAACUUGUUCUGUACACUAGGCUGGACUCACAGAGAGCCACCUGCCUCUGCUUCCCAAAUGCUGUGAUUAAAGGUGUGUGCCACCACCACCCAGCUCACAUCUGGUUCUUUCUUUUUGACUUUGGGAAUUAUUUUUAAACAGGAAAAUAGCUCUUUGCUUCUAUAUUAGGGGCUCAUUUUUAUAAACUGUUUUGUUUGUUUGUUUUUUAAUAUGGUUGGGGAUGAGAUUAGACUAUGUGCAUUCUGGCAAGCUCACUACCACUGAGCUGUAACCCAGCCCCUACAAUGACUCUAAAAGUGACAGCCAUACAUCUAUCCUGAGGCAGUUUCAAGAUUCUGGCAAUAAUUUCACAAGGGCCUGUGAGGUGUCAUUGAGCAAGCUUUACUUACAGACAGCCUGGCUCUUGGAGUUUUUGAGUCAGUGUUUUCCAUUGUAGCCUAGGCUAGCCUUGAACUCUGUCCCCUUACCUCAGCUUGUGAUUGUUGAGAUAAAGGUAAUAUUUUGAAGUAGUAACUGGCUCUUAGCAGUUACAAAAAUGGAACAAAGAAGCUAUAUGCUCUUCCCCAAGACCCUAGCAGCCAUAAACUCACAGUCUAGUACAGUCUCAGAAAUAGGAAGUAGAUCCAGCCCACCUGUUUUCAUUGCACAUUAAUUUUGUAAUUUGUAUUUCGUUUGAGUAACUUUGCUGUCACCUGUAUUUAAAGUCAACCAUUGUGGGGUCCUUUCAGGUGAUUAGCCUUCUGGGUGUAAUGGAGGGGUUUCCCUCAGGUUUGUGCAAGUUGGGAUGGGGGAAGCAUCAGUUUGGAUAUACAUUUGUGAUCACAGUCUUAAGUGUGUGCUAUUGAAUUGAACCUUAGCAUCCUAACAGAAGAACGGGACCAACAUUGACUGCCCUGAGUGAUGCAUUAUGGUUUCCAUCUCCUCAGUGGUGAAUAAUAAAAAAAUCCUUCCAGUAGUUUGCUGUUAGAAAAGAGAGACUGGAGGUGUGGCUAAGGGAAGGUGGCUCAGCAGAUACAGGGAUUUGUUCCCAAGCCUGGUGAAUAGGACUCAUGUGGUUGAAGGGAAGGACCAACUUCCAAAAGUUGUCCCCUGACUUUCCUACACCAUGGCACAUGUGCACACCUCCACAAAACACACAGAACUCAAUGUAAGAAGCUAGAAAGCCAGGCAGUGGUGGUGCACACCUGUAAUCCCAGCACUCAGGAGCCAGAGGCAGGUGGAUCUCUGUGAAUUUGAGGCCAGCCUGGUCUACAGAGUGAGUUCCAGGCCAGCCAGAGCUACAUAGUGAGACCUUGUCUCAAAACAAUAGAAAAUAAAUAGAGUGAGAGCUAAACAGUUUGUAGCUUUUUCCUCUUAUCAGGAAGGUAUAGCUGAAAUUAACAGCCACUUGGGAGCUUCCCGCCUAGCCUCUCCCAAACCCUGCCUUCCUGCUUCCAACCCGUGUGGGCCCAGCUGCUGCUCCCUGCCUCCCAGGAACUCAAAGAAGCUCUUGGAUUUUGGAGAGGGGGGUGGUCCAGACAGGGUCUCUGUGUAGCCCUGGCUGUCCUGGAACAGACCAGACUGGCCUCAAACCCAGAGAUGCCUGCUUCUGCCUCCAGGAUUAAAGGUGUGUGCCACCACUGCCCAGCUGCACCUUUUGGAUUUUUAUAAAAUAAUGCCAGGGCACUUUCUUUGUGUGUGCGGUUAUCUGUGACAUACUUAAACAUUGCCAAAAUACUAGAGUACUCUGAGCCUCUUGGGGCAGUGUUGCUUUUCACUUCACUUUCUGUUGAACGUGUCUGUAAUCCUGCUCUGCAGGGUAUAUUUGUAUAUAUUACAAUUUGAAAACUAAACGGAUUCUUCAAACAGUGUCAUUUUAGUCUUUUACCUGUUUUAUUUGUUAUUCUUUUGCCUAACCACUUUUUGUUUUUAUAACUACUGGGGAGGCCCCUGGACUCUUGCACUGUAGCUAGGUCCCCCGGCUGGCUGCUGCGCAUUUGAGUUUAUUGUACCCCCCCUGGGCUCUGAGUAAGUUGCUCAAAUACAGCUGUCAUGAUUGUUUCUUUCUAUUCUCACCUAAGAGAAAAGAAUCUCUGCCUGUCAUCCUCCAGUUGUGCCCUCGUAUCUGCCUAGCUAAUAAAUGUUAUUAUUUUUCUCA